AUGUCUGGUUCUGGACUCGGCGGGCUGAACAAGUCGUCAAGUGAGUCUAUGGUGAUUGGUCUGUGUCAGUCUCAACUAUUCGAGGUUCAGACGCCGCAGCAACUCAAAGACGCAGUACAACACGUCUGCUCAUUGGUUCAGAAAGCUCGAAAAGGCUAUGCUUUGAUGGACAUGAUCGUCUUCCCGGAGUACUGCAUACACGGGCUUAGCAUGUCAACAGAUGAAAGCAUCAUGUGCAAAGUCGAUGGACCUGAGGUCAAGGCGUUCCAAAAAGCGUGCGUCGACAACAAGAUCUGGGGCUGUUUCAGUAUUAUGGAACACAACGAGCUCGGCUUGCCGUGGAAUACUGGUAUAGUCAUCAACGAUAAGGGCGAGCUCGUCAACUACUAUCGGAAAAUGCAUCCCUGGAUACCUGUCGAGCCAUGGUAUCCUGGAAACAGAGGCUUACCGGUCUUCGAUGGUCCCAACAAUAGCAGAAUGGCUCACAUCAUAUGCCACGAUGGCCAGUUCCCAGAAAUGGCGCACGAAUGUGCCUACAAAGGAGCCGAAGUCAUGCUUCGAACAGCUGGCUACACAAGUCCCAUCAAGAACUCAUGGGAGAUCACGAAUCGAUCGAACGCCUUCUGUAACCUUAUGUGGACUUGUUCCGUGGCGUUAGCUGGCAGCGAUGGCACUUUCAACUCCAUGGGUGAGGCUAUGUUCUGUAAUCCGGAGGGUGAGAUAGUCCGGCAAGGCAAUGGCACCGCGGACGAGAUCUUUGCUUGCGAGAUACGCAAAGGCGAUGCACUGGAAAAGCGACAGAACUGGGGAGUAGAGAACAACAUCUACCAGUUCGGUCAUCGUGGCUAUAGUGCUGUAGCGGGCGGUGCGACAGACUGUCCGUAUACAUACAUGGAAGACCUGGUGAAUGGGAAGUACAAGCAGGACGGUGAAGAGAACGUCAAAAUUACUGACGGAACGAGCUGCGGACUACCAAAACCUACUGACCACUACACCGUAAAUUAA